AUGGUACACAGUCUCUUAGUCUUAAACUCUGUCUCUUCCUUUCUUCUUCUUCUCUUUUAUUUCUUUAACCUCUCUUUCUCUCUCAUCUUCUGUUCCUUUCUCUCUCUCUCGCUUUCUCUCUCUCUUAUCUUCUCUUGCUCUCUAUCUUAUAUUCUCUUCCCCUCUCUCUCUCUUAUCUUCUCUUCCUCUCUCUCUCUCUUUUAUAUUCUCUUCCUCUCUAUCUUAUCUCUCUCUUCUCUUAUCUUCCCUCUCUCUCUUAUCUUCUCUUCUCUUCAUUUUCUCUCUCUCUCUUAUCUUUUAUCCCUCUUCUUCUGUUCCUCUCUCUCUUCUCUCUCUCUUCCCCUCUCACUUAUCUUCUCUUCCUCUCUCUCUCUUUAUCUUGUCUUCCUCUCUCUCAUUUUCUCUUCCUCUCUCUCACUUAUCUUCUAUCCCUCUCUCGCUUCUGUUCCUCUCUCUCUCUCUCAUUCUCUCUCUCUCUCUCUUAUGUCUUGUUGUCUGUGUGUGUCUAUCCGCUUGUUUCCUCUCUUUCUCUCUCAUCUUCUGUUUCUUUCUCUCUCUCUCUCUCUCUCUCUCUUUCUUAUCUUCUCAUCAUCUCUCUCUCUCUCUGUUAUCUUCUCUUCCUCUCUAUCUUAUCUUCUCUUCCUUUCUCUCUUAUCUUGUCUUUCUCUCUCUCUCUCUCUCUCUCUUAUCUUCACUUCCCCUCUCUCUUAUCUUCUUUCCUCACUCUCUCUUCUCUUCCCCUCUCUCAUCUUCUCUUCCUCACUCUCAUUUUCUCUUCCUCUCUCUCACUUAUCUUCUAUUCCUCUCUCUCUUAUGUUCUGUUCCUCCCUCUCUCUCUCCCUCUCAUCUUCUGCUCCUCUCGCUUUUCGCUCUCUUUCUUCUCUCUCUUAUCUUCUCUUUCCCUCUCUCUUAUCUUCUCUUCCUCACUCUCUCUUCUCUUCCCCUCUCUCUUAUCUUUUCUUCCUCCCUCUCUUUAUCUUCUCUUCCACUCUGAUCUUCUCUUCCUCUCUCUCUCAUCUUCUCUUCCUCAUUCUCAUUUUCUCUUCCUCUCUCACACUUAUAUUCUAUUCAUCUCUCUCUUAUGUUCUGUUCCACCCUCUCUCUCUCUCUCUCUCUCUCUCUCUCUCUCUCAUCUUCUGCUCCUCUCGCUUUUCGCUCUCUUCUCUUCUCUCUCUUCUCUUCUUUUCCACGCUCUCUCUCUCUUUUACUUUCUCUUCGUCUCUCUCAUCUUCUGUUUCUCUCUCUCACUCACUUCUCUUCUCUUCCUGUCCCUCUCAUGUUCUGUUCCACCCUUUUCCCCUCCCCCUUUCUCUCUCUUAUCUUCUAUUUCUCCCUCUCUCUAUCAUCUUCUGUUCCUCUCUUUUCUCUCUCUUAUCUUCUGUUCCUCUCUCUCCUAUCUUAUGUCCUCUCUCUCUCAUCUUGUCUUCCCCUCUAUUUUUCUCUUAUCAUCUGUUCCUCUCUAACUGUCCUGUUCCACAAUCUCUCUCAUCUUCUCUUCCUCUCUCUUUUUCUCUUAUCUUCUGUUCCUCUCUCUCAUCUUCUGUUCCUCUCUCUCUCAUCUUCUGUUCCUCUCUCUCUCAUCUUCUGUUCCCGUCUCUCUCUCAUCUUCUCUUCCUCUCUCUUUCUCUUUUAUCUUCUGUUCCUCUCUCUCUCAUCUUCUGUUCCUCUCUCUCUUAUCUUCUGUUCCCGUCUCUCUCUCAUCAUCUCUUCCUCUCCUCUCUCUCUCUCUCAUCUUCUCUUCCUCUCUCUCUCUCAUCUUCUGUUCCCGUCUCUCUCUCUUCUUCUGUUCUUCUCUCUCAUCUUCUAUUCCUCUCUCUCUCUCUCAUCGUCUGUUCCUCUCUAUUUCUUAUCUUCUGCCCCUCUCUCUCAUCAUCUGUUCUUCUCUCUCUCUCAUCUACUGUUCCUCUCUCUCUCUCUCUCACACACACACACAAAUAUACAUUUUGUUCCUCUCUCUCUCUCUCUCUCUCUCAUAAAGUUAUCAUCCGUCUCUCUCUCUCUCUCUCUCUCUCUCUCUCUCUCUCUCUCUCUCUUGUCUUCUGUUUCUCUCUUUCUCUCACGCGUGGAAUGGCCCAUUUCCCUUUCAUACAGUUUUUGACUAAUAAAAUGUUUUCAGAAAAAAACGGCAAAUUAGUUUUUCUCCAGCUCUUUCUUUUUCUUCUCAACUUCAUUUUCUCUCUCUCUCUCUCUCUCUCUCUCUCUCUCUCUCUCUCUCUCUCUCUCGAUUAUUUUUUUCUUUUUCUUUUGUCUUCCCGCUCUCUCACUUUUAGUCUUUUUCUUCUCUUUCUUCGUUUUCUUCUCUCGACGUCUAUCAUCGUCGUCGUCUUCUUUUUCUUCUCCGUCUUCUUCGUUUUCUUCUUCUUCUUCGUCUUCUUCGUCUUCUUCUUUUCCUUCGUCUUCUUCUCCGUCUUCUUCUUUUUCUUCUUCGUCUUCUUCUUCUUCUUCUUCUUCUUUGCCUUCGUCUUCUUCGUCUUCUUCGUUGCCUUCGUCUUCUACUCCGUCUUCGUUUACCUCUUUUUAGUCUUCUCCUUCUUCUUUGUCUUCGUCUUCUUCUCCGUCUUCGUCUACCUCUUCUUCGUCUUCUUUUUCUUCUUCGUCUUAUUCUUCAUCUUCUUUUUUGUCUUCGUCUUCUUCUCCGUCUUCCUCUACCUCCUCCUCCUCUUCUUCUUCUUCUUCUUCUUCUUCUUCUUUGCCUUCGUUUUCUUCUUUGCCUUCGUCUUCUUCUCCGUCUUCUUCUUCUUCUUUGUCUUCGUCUUCUUCUCCGUCUUCGUCUACCUCUUCUUCGUCUUCAUUUUUUUCUUCUUUUUCUUCUUUGUCUUCGUCUUCUUCUCCGUCUUCGUCUACCUCCUCCUCCUCCCUCCUCCUCCUCCUUCUUCUUCUUCUUCUUCUUCUUCUUCUUCUUCUUCUUCUAUCUCUUUUUUCCUCUUUUGA